AUGGGGCAGGAUCAGCUGUGGCGGCGAAUCGCAGAUGGCACUUGCUGGCAUGCAUUGUAUGUGGGCCAAUUCCUGCUCACCGCCUGCGAGGAUGGUGCAGAGCUGUCAAUAUUCGGAGAGGGCGCCGAGCAGCUACCUCCGUGCGUGGUGGCAGUGCAAUUCCUCGAAGGGUCCCGGGGAUCAGUUUGCAGGAUUCCAUUGGCAGACUUCGUCGAUGCUUCCAAAGGCCCAGGUGACUGUGGAGACCUUGACGAUUGCUCAAGCCCUGCUAGAGUAACAGCUGCAGACAUCUCCGUUCGGCUCUACACGCGAAGACCGCGUGGACGCCGAGCAGCUGUGGCACGAGCGCUGAUGGCAAUCGGAGUCCAGGUGGAUUCGGCGGCUAUCAGCAGCCAGCCAGAGCUGCUACCUUGGUGGGCCAUCUUUGAUGAGGCGGAGACUUUCCAGCCAGGGCUUUGCACCUCUCGCCGCCGCGCAGUUCGCUAUCGCUUGUCACCCAAGGCGGUGGAAGCUUUUUGGCAGGUUACAACCAUGCAAGCUGACCUGACACGAGCCCACAGGUCCGUUCGACCUCUCAAUGCAACUGUAAACAUCUUCUAA